AUGAGUCCUGUAUUCCCCGUUCCCCCUGGCGCAGCCGCCAACUUCUGGAUCAUCGAUACCACGGGCAGUAUCCAGGGCAUGGCGGCCGACCACCUGGUGAAGCCGAGCCUCCCCGGCUUCGACAUGUUCCCCAAGGCACCCAGCUGGUCGUUCCUGAUCGAGACCACAGUGGCAGGCAAGACGCGGAAGGUGCUCUUCGACCUGGGCGUCCCGCAGGACGUCUAUGCCCUGCCGCCCGUGGUGUCGGACAGAUUAAAGUCUUUUGACUGGGUUAUUGACGUGCCCAAGACCACAGCUGAGGUUUUGGUUGAACACGGCGGUGCUAUCGGCGGCGGCGGAGGAGGUCGGCCGUUGCAGCUGGCGGACAUCGAGGCGGUGGUGUGGAGUCAUUGGCACUGGGAUCACCAAGGGGACAUCCAGCGUUUCCCCUCCACUACCGACCUGGUCGUAGGACCAGGUUUCAGCAAAGCAUUUCUCCCGGCAUAUCCAGAGGGAUCCAAGUCACCAAUUCAGCAGACAGAUCUUGAUGGCAGACGCCUGCGCGAGAUCACCUUCGAAGGACCAGGAACGGUACAGGUAGGGGAUAUGCGGGCCUUUGAUUACUUCGGCGAUGGCUCGUUCUACCUCCUCGACACGCCCGGCCACGCCAUCGGUCAUCUGGGGGGGCUCGUCCGCACCACCUCAAACCCAGACACGUUUGCAUUCCUCGGGGGUGACCUAACGCACCACGGCGGCGAGAUUCGACCCUCCAAAUACCUCAAUUUCGCUUCGGCUGUGUCUGCUCUUGCUACAGAUGGAAUCAAUGUCACACUGCAGACUCUGGAGUCCCUUCAGACUUCACGCGGGCGCCGUGUCGACCAGUCUUUCUUCGAUCCCGUGAUCACAAGCGACUUUGACGAGGCGGUGAGGACGAUUUUACGCGCCCAGGACGCUGACGGGCAAGACAAUGUCUUCUUCCUUGCAGCACACGACGACACCAUUGAAGGCGUGGUCGACGUCUACCCAAAGAAGGCCAACCAGUGGAAAGCGCGCGGGUGGAGAGAGAAGACGCUGUGGACUUUCUUGAGAGAUUUUCGAGGCGCUUUCCAGUGCCCGGGGCAUACGAGCUCUUAG